AUGAAAAAAGGUGAGCGGAUGUCUCUAUUGUCAGUAUGUAAACAAAUAUGUUUUUGUUAUGCUGGUCUUACAUGUUUCUUAAUCUUCUGAAAGCAUAUUCUUACUUUUCCACAGUUAAAACAGGUCCAGUGGGGUUACAAAAAAUUAUUUUUACUUAUUACGAAAACGUAUUUGUACUUAUAUUUCACGAUCAGUUAGUCUGGGAGUAAACAACAUCACUACGUUUUGUGGAUUUUCGAAUUUAGUGCUUUUGUAAAGUAAACAAGACUGAAAUUAUUUAUUUUUAGGUAUAUUUAUCAAGAUUUAUUCGUUUAUUUAAAGAUUUUUCCGUUUUAGGUGCCAAAGUUUCUACCAAACUAACAGUACAGCGUCAGAUUCAGGAUUCUACGCCAAAUCUUCCUUUGUUCUCUCAAAACGAUUCAGACUGUGAUACGGCAAAGUGUGUGACUCCCAAGUUCAGACAAAAGUUUGCUCGGGAACACCCAAGUGACCAUUCAGAUAACACACAUAACUCGAGCGACGAUAACACACGAACCGACCACUCAGAGGUCGAUAACAUAAAAUCUGAGGAUUCAAGUGCAGAGAACACCAAAUCAGCCAGCUCGAGAGAGGACAACGGCGAUAAUUUAGAAGAAGAGCACGCCAAAGUUGACGAAGAUAAUAUAAAGUUUAGUCGUUCAGGUAAAGAAGACUCAAAAAGUGACAAUUCAGAGCAAGAUACUACAAAAACUGAGGAAGAGAAUAGCGAGGGCUUAGAGCCAGAAGGGAAGAAACAAGUUCAAUCUCGACAACUUUUGGAGCGCUUAGUUCCGUUUCGAUGGAUUUUCAGUGAAGAAAAACGCGUAAGUGAGCCUUUUCGGAUCUUAUUUAUAUUUUACUGAUUGCAAAAACUUUGAUUGGAGCGGGGAACAAACGUUUGCGCAUUACAAGUCUCAAAAAGUAAUGUUACUACUUUCGAUCGCGAUUUUUUAUAUUAUAGUAGCUUUCCGAUGUUUUUUAAUUUUGUAGUAGCGUCAAAUUGUCGGCAUUUGUUAAACAGAAACUUGAAGCGUCUUGUUUAAUCUACGUGAACAUGAAUUCACUCAAUCUUUGAUCAAAAUAAGAAGUAGUUGAAUGUUUAUUGUGUAAAAAUUACUUAAUUUUGUAAUUCAGUUCAUCUACUAAUCAUAAGAGGUUUUAAAUGAUGUUUCUUGAUUUCAGGAGAUGAGUGAUAAGUCUGAAAAAGAUAAUUCGUCUGUCGAAAUGGCAGUUGAAGCCGACCCCAACACAAUAGCCUCCAGGCCAUCAUCAGCGGCGGAUAUACAUAAAGAAAAUGGAAAAAUUGAGGUGAAGGAGAAGAAUGGUAAGAUUGAGUUUUUCUUGGUUUUUAGGUAACAAAUUUGAAAUUCUGGUUAUUUGGUGAAGCAUAGAUGAAAAUAUUGCUAAUAGCCGUUCCAGGGAUGACGACGUCUUUGAGCCGUUCUGUAUUUUAAAAAUGUUUUAGACUGAUCGUAAAUUUGAGUGUUUUAGGCCCUAAAAUCCACCCGGUUUCCUCGACAAGUUCGUUAAAAUCAACUUUAAGCCAUCAGAGUGCUUCAACACAACUAACGCCGAAGAAGGCCAGUUCAAAGAGUAACAUGACUAUAUCGUCGGCUACAGCUGCCACACUCAAUUUGGCGGCUCCAACUACAAUUGGCAGUGCUGGUGGGGCUGCUAUGUUAAGGCCGGUUAAGAAAAAGGUAAUAGAAUUAGAGUGUGCUGAGAUACGAUGGCAUUACAAAAAGACUGGAGAGAGCAAAUGGACUCCAUUUAGAGGUAGGUUAUUUAUUAUUGACUUUUUAUAGGAAACUGGUUUCUAUUUUAUUUACCUACUUUAAGAAUAAUAUCGUCAUUACCUUGAGAAGUAUGAGAAAAGUGUAAAAUUUUUAAAUUUUGAAUAAACUUUUUUAGGUUACGACUCAAUGGUGCUAGAAGUAGCCUACCGUGCCUCAAAAGGGAUCCCCUUGGAUAAGAAAACAAUAGCUUUAGGCGAACAACUUCCUCAAACCAAAAAUGUAAUCGUUUUGGACAACUUAUACGAAUGGAAUCCAGAAGACAAGACCGAUCACGUAACUUCAGUUUACUGGAAGGACGAAAACCUUAAAAUACGAAGAGGAUCGUGGUUCUUUGCUGACACGAUGCAGCCGAUAGGAGAAGAAUUGGCAGAGACAGUAGAACUACAUCAUCUGGAGAAGUUCAGAAACCAGAUGAUUCCAGAUUCUCCGGUUUUUAAUGAAAACGAGGUUAAUAAGAAGCCAGGUAAGUAAAUAUUGUUAUCUUUUCGUAUUUCAAAAAAACUAAAACUAUUGUCGCAAAAGCGAUUAAAAACAAGUUAACAAAUCAACAUAUUUUCGUAAGAUUGAAGACAAAGAAAAUUGUCCAAAUAGUCUUUGUCUGACUUUUAACUGUUUUUCUAUUUUGUAAAAUCAUCAAUCUUCCAUUAAAACCAUAUUGUGGGAAGUGAUCCCAAAAAACUUUGCUGCUAAUAAAUUCUGUUACAGUAAACUAAUAGUAGUCGAUAUUAAAACUAAAGCUUAUUUAAGCACACUAUCAAUAUAAAAAAGAAAGCAUUAAUUGAUAUUUUUUGUUUAGUGUUGACAAUGCUGAAAUGGGAAGAGCACGAUGAAGUUCGUUGGAACUCGGUGAUAGAUGUGUCUUUCUACAACAAUACCAAAGCCAACAGAUUGUUUCGUUUUGUGACCCGAGGCAAAGGAGUCUUCCCAUUAAAGCGAGGAUUCAGCUCAGAAGCUUCGAUCGAUGAGGGAAUGCCGAACUUUUCCGACCUUAUUUUAGUUGUCCAUGGUAUUGGACAAAAGGGUUACGAGAAUCUGAUUGCCAAAAACACAACACAGUAAGUUGACAACCUUAUCUUUAUAAGGUUGUUCGCAGUUUUACAAGUUUUACUGCAAAGUAGUAGGAAAUAAUAAGCAUUAACAAGAUGUGGUUAAAACUAGCCUUUUUAGGAUUCGAGAAGUGAUUGAGCACCUGAUGGACAAGUACCACUCGCACGAGAAAAGACGACCAAUGAUAUUGCCAAUUGAAUGGAGAUCUUCGCUUGUAUUAGAUAACGGUCUAACAGAGACUAUUACAUUGCCCAGGAUGCCUCAAGUCAGAAGUACAUUGAAUUCUAUUGCUAUGGAUAUUAUGUAUUACCAGUCGCCGUUGUACCGAACGGAGGUACGUUUUCUGAUCAUUUUUGUUCAAAGAUUGCCUAAUAAUAUAUUUUAUAUUAUUAUAUUGCUGUUUUCAGAUCGUAAAUGGGGUCAUAAAGUGCCUUAAUGCAACUUAUACAAAGUUUGUGAAGAACAACCCAAAUUUUGAUGGUGCCGUUUCUCUAUUCGCUCACUCUUUGGGUUCAGUUAUUGCAUACGAUAUCAUUACCAACUACUCUCCUCUUCUGUUAUACGAUGAGUUUGUGACAAAAGCAAUCGAGCACAGAAAGAACGAGACUGAAGAGAGCGAGGAAAAGAAACUCUUCACUGAUUUUUAUGAAUCCAGAAGGCGGAUUCUGGAAAAAGAUGGACACAUGCAAGAGAUCCUUCUAAAACGAGAUGAAGAUCUCAAGUUCAAGGUCAAGAAUCUGUUUUGUGUGGGAUCACCGUUGGGAGUCUUUAUCAUAAUGAGAGGAGCGUCGGCCGAAGAGUUGUUACCUAAAAAGACACAAUGCGAACGUAUCUACAACAUCUUCCAUCCUUACGAUCCGGUAGCCUAUCGUCUGGAGCCAAUGUUCCAUGAAAACUACAAGAAUAUCAGGCCGAUCAAACUGUUUACAUACAAUGAAGUCAACCGAGACUACAGUAAGCUCGGCUACGAUUGUCAUCGGAGUUAUCUGAAGAAGCUGAAGAAACAACAAAAGAAGGAAGCAGCUGCUGCUUCUGGAGAAAAGACGGCCGAAUCUGAUGAAAAGAGGAAGGAAGCCGACGAUGACGAUGAAGACUCGGAUUCUGGCGACUGUUCUUCCAUUCAUUCACCAGGUACAGAAUUUUAAUGUAAAGUUUUUUUUGGCAAAACAAAAGUUUUCUAAAAAUAUUUUUAACAUGAGGGCGCGAUUUGCCAGGGCGUUCUGCAGGUUGCGGAGACAAGUUAUACCAUAAAACGUAGCUUGAAAUAAAAAUAUUAAAAAUUAUAACAUUUAUUAAAUAAACAGUUUCAAAACCUAUUACUGAUCACUUCACUCUUCUUUAGACUGUUAUUCAGGCCCUUCACCACGCUCUGAUAGCCCUGUAGGUCCAGAAGAUAUGCAAGAAAAUAUGGGUAAUGGGACCAAUCCCAAUGUAAAUACACCUUUGAAAGUCGAAACAACCCAAAGCAGAUGGUGGAGGUUUGGAAGUACGGCCGAGAAGAAGCCGAAGGAAGAAGGAGUGAAAGAUAAAGAAGAAAAGCCAGAACAGCCAGCAGAAAAGAAGGAAGAGAAAGUAGAAAAGAAAGAAGACAAAGUGGUACUGACUCCUGCUGAACAACUCGCUGAAGGCAUACCUAGUAAGUUUUUGUGUUUAUUUGGAGAUAUUCGAAAAAAUAUGAGGUUUUAGGUAACAAAUUGAUAUAUAAUACGGGGUUCUUUAGGCUUAUCUUUAGUUUUUGUUUAUUUUUUCUACCUUUACAUACAAUAAGACACAGAAAGUUAAAUUUGUUGAAAACUUUUUUAAUUUAAUACUUUUUAGACGACGAGAAAGUGCCUUACCGAAUCGACUUUCAACUUCAAACGUCGCUAACUGACAAGAGUUACUGGUCGGUCCUGAAGUCGCACUUCGGCUAUUGGACCAACUACGAUGUCACUGCCUUUCUGAUUAAUCAGUUAUAUCCUCCAUCUGUCUCUGAACCAUCUCCUAAAGUCUAG